AUGAUCUGUCUCCCCGUCGUCGCUAAAGUCGUCGUCAACGUCGGGGAGCUGCUGGCGGAGGUCGAGGCGGAGAAGCGCGCCAAGGGCAAGAAGGGCAAGAAGAAGAAGAAGAAGGGCGGCGGGGCGGGCGGGGCGGGGCCGUCGCAGGAGCCCGAGGAGGGUGCCGAGGCGCCGUCGGAGGCAGACGCAGCCGAGGCGGCGAAGAAGGCCGAGGAGGCGAGGCUUCUCCGGCUUCUCGAGACGCUCACCGAGGAGAGGAUGCGGCUCGGCAUCACGCCGGAGAGCCAGGCGGCGGCGUCGGCAGAGGUGGCUGAGGCGGCGCGGUUGGCCAAGGAGGCGGAGGCGGCGGAGGCGGAGGCGGAGGCGGAGGACGAGGCUGCCGCAGAGGAGGAAGCGGUGACUGAGGCGGCGGCGGCGGCGGCAGCGGCGGCGGUGGCGCUGGCGGCGGCCGAAGCGGCGGCGGCCGAGGCGAAACUGGCCGCUGCCAAGGAGAAGCGCGCGGCCACUGCCGCUGCGAGGGCCAAGGCGGCGGCCGCCAGGAUGGCGGUGGAGGCGGCCCAGCGCGCAUGA